UCAAUGUUUUGUGAUGAGAUAUUACCGCAGUUGCCUACAUCAAAAUUUAACGAAAUGUAGCCGCCUUAUGUCUUGAUCCUUAGGCAAUUGAAUCUUUUGUUUACUAAAAAUUUGAAGUGUCUAAUUUUAAGUUUGUAUUUAACCGAAAUUUGGACAUUUCUACUUGUACAUGCUUUUUUUGCGGAGCUGCAAGAUGUGGAUCACUUCUUUUAAACGCCCGGCAAAUUACGUAGCGUCAGACCAUCAUUGUCCACCUCCUCCUCAUUUAAAACUUAAUCGGUAACAUCAGCGUUUGUUCUUCAUAACUUUUUACGCAUAUCACGGAUCUCCCGCAAAAAAGUGCUUCUUCUCAAGCUCCAAGUGAAAAUCCAGCCACAUCUGCCCACGGGCCUCAACAUCCUGCAUAGUCCAUUGGUCCUGGCAAACAUCUUCUCUUGAAUAAAUAGUCGUCAAAAGUGGUAAACAUGUCUAUCUCUGGCAGCAUCGGCAUGGCCAAACUGGAGAAGGAAGUCCACUUCGAGGAUGUGCUGACACUGGCCGGUGGCACAGGCUGGUGGCAGCUGCUUCUCAUCAGCUGGAUGUCUCUCUUCUUCCUCACCGUCCCUUUCACCUGCUUCUCGAUGAUCUUCAUGGGCGAGACACCCGACUACCUCUGCGCGGACGGCCAGCCGAAAAACGCCACCUUCGCGUCUCUCUCGGAGGCGGCCGCCGAGCGGUGCCGCGCGCCGGACGGCCAGCCGUGCCGCCGCUGGCUGUACGACACCAACUUCACCGGCUCCUCGGUGGUCACCCAGUGGGACCUGGUGUGCGAGCGGCGCCCGCUGCUCUCCACCAUCCAGUCGGUGAUGCAGUUCGGUGGUCUGUUUGGCUCGCUGGGCGCCGGUGUGCUCGGCGAUCGACUCGGCAGAAGGACCGUCUACCUGGCCAUGAUGACGGUGUACGUGCUGGGUGCGCUACUGGGUUCGGUCGUGAGUCUGUACGAGAUGUUUCUAGUGACGAGAUUCGCAUCCGGCGUUGGCUGGAUGGGCGUCGUCAGCACCAGCUUUGUGCUGAUCGUGGAGCUCACGGGGAUGCGUUGGCGAGCCUGGGCCGGCCAGCUUUACAUGCUGCCGAACGCCCUGGGCCAAGUGGUGCUUGCCGGAGUGGCUUACAAGCUGCGAGUCUGGUGGCAGCUGCAGCUGGCGCUUUCCUUGCCCCUGCUCGUCUUCGUCUUGAGCUGGUGGCUGGUUCCCGAGUCGCCGCGCUGGCUGAUACUGCGCGGACGCGACGAUGACGCGCUGAAAGUUCUGGCGACUACGGCACGCGUCAACGGUCACGAACUUCCCGACGAUGCGCAGCUGCACCGGAUGCUGAAGGAGGUGCGUCGCUCCGAGCUGGCUGCCGAGGAGGCCGCCGCGGGUGGCGGCCUGUGCGCCGACACGGUCAAACUCUGGAGCUCGCGGGUGCUGAGACGAUGGAUGCUGGCCACCAUUGUCUGCUGGAUUGCCGUGUGUGGCGCCUACUUCGGCCUGUCGUUCGACGUCACCCAGCUGAGUGAGAACGCCUACCUGGCCGGCGGGCUCUCCGGCCUGGUGGAGAUACCCGCCUACUUCAUGGCGCCAUUUCUGGACCGCUUCGGACGCCGUCCAGUCGCCUCUGGCACCUUCUUCUUCGCCGGAGUGUCGAUGAUGCUGAUCCUGGUUGAAGACCAACCGAAACUGUGGCUCGUGGCGGGACUUAGCGGCAAGCUGUUCAUCUCGUGCGUGUACGCCAUGAUAUUUGUGUACACACCAGAGUACAUUCCCACCUCUGUGCGAACUGUGGGCUUUGGGAUCGCCAACGUGUGCUCGCGGUUCGGUUCGAUGACGGCGCCGUACGUGGUUGACCUGACCCACGACAUCCACCGUGCCGCCCCGUCGGUGGUGUUUGGCAGCGGCUGUCUGCUGGCCAGUCUGGCGGUGCUGCUGCUGCCAGAGACGGCUGGCAGGCCGCUCCCGGAGACUGUGGAGGAAGUGGAGGCUGGUGUACUGGACGAGCGUCUCGACAGAGCGAAGGACAGCUUGGAUAAUCCUGAUGGCCAAGGCAUGUCUUCAGACGCUCCGGGUGGGCUGGUCAAUGAGUCGUUUGUCGGAGGACCGACUGGCGAUGAUGAGGAGCGAACGAUUUCGAAUCUGUGAGUGGUCUCAGAGAGACUGCCAGUGCAUCGUGAUGCUCUUUUGUUGGAGACGAAAGGAAUCUACUGUGCUCGCUGCUCCAUAUAGCUUCAUGAGCUUAAAUGGCAGCCAAUAACAUCGGAUGUGCAUUUUUCAAACGACACAAAGUGUCAACCUCGCCUCACUUAGAAGUGUUUUGCCACCGUUUGUCAUGGAAAACUGUCGAGGAGCGCGUUGCACUGAAAACUGAUGAGAUCGCAUGACAUGUGUCGUCCAUUUGUGGCUGUGUGCAGCAUGUGAAGACAAUAAUUGAGCGUGUGGGCGAUAGAGAUGGUUAUCAUUCCUAGACGCAACGAAUUGUGACUCCACGGUCAUGCACCUUAGAUAGCUUAUAGGCAGAUUUUGGCAAAUAGAUUCUGAUUCAUGUAUGAUUCAUGUAUGUAUGUAGAUUCAUGUAUUCUGCGACGUUCCACUCAAUUUUUUUCGGAAUUAUUUGAAUUAUUUUACUUUCUUUGCAAUAGAUGCGUUGAGCAAGAAAAAACAGGCUCUCUUCAUUUUUUUUUAGUUUUUUCUGUUUUGUACGACUUGGGAAUUGUUACAUGUUCUGGAAUAUCGUAUUCCUGGGUCGUCAUUUCACUGCUGCUUUCUCACCGUCUGCGAUAUACCUCUUGUGGAUGAACUAGCUCUUUGUAGCACGUCUAAAUUCGCGUGUGUUAUUCUUGAGUUGUGUUGAGUCGUGCAAACCACGACCCAUCUUCGUCUCUUUUUUGACGUGGCUCAGCAUUUUUGAAUGCGACUUUUUGAAGGAAAUGUCGAAUACAUUAAUUUAAUUGUUGG